UUUCAGCCGCGUGAAUCCGGAAGCAGACGUGUGGUUCGUAAUAACGUCACCAACAGUAGACAACGCCGACGGUCUUCCUGCUCGUCUUCUCGAACGUUACUCGAACCUCUACGUAGUUACGACGGAUCUGGAGACUGUGUUCAAGAACACGUCGCUUGAAGAUUUUUUCAUGUCCGGAUUAUGGCACAAGGGCACGCCUUGGCCGAUAAUACAGCUAAGUGACAUCUUGAGGGUCGCGCUGGUGUGGCGAUUCGGAGGCUUCUACACGGACAUCGACACGGUUUGCCUCAAGGACAUCUUUCCGCUGCAGAACUUUGUCAUCGGCGGCCAUUACCCCAGGAACCAAAUAGCCAACGGAGCGUUUCACUUCCUGCACCACCAUCAGGUCAUGGAGGACUUAAUGACGAAGAUGAUCGAGGGAUAUAAACCAAGUCUGUGGGGAUCAAUGGGACCCUUCACGUGGACCAGAUACAUCAAGAAACUUUGCAAGAUACCAGACAUGCAGCACUUGUUUCCUGAUAACAGUUCGGAGCCCAUCAAGUGUGGCAACAUUUCCAUUCUCCCCGAAGAGUACCUACUGCCGUACCCAUGGUGGGAAUUUAAACAACUCUACGUACCUGGGAAAUGGCAGGAAUUUAUGGCUACAUUUAAGAACAAGUCGUACUCAAUACACUUGUAUGAAAACAAAAGCAAAGGUCUGAAGAUUAUUCAAGGGUCAGACAGUAUCUACGAAGGAGCAGCCAGGAAUUUCUGCCCUGUUACACAUCCUCUUCUCACAUAAGGCUCUCUGCGGAGAUCCUAAUGUAUUACACAAAUUUACAUAGUAAUAUUACUAUAUACGGAAACACCCAUCCACACACACACAUACACCUAUAUGUAUAUGCACACACACACACACACACACACACACACACACACACACACACACACACACACACACACACACACACACACACACACACACAUGUAUCGCGGUUUUUUCAUAUACAAAAUAGAAUAUACUCUACUAAACUACUGCUACCAAUUUGUAAAGGCUAUUUCUAAUACAAAUAAUGAUAAGGUUACUUUGGUAUCGCCACUACGGGUUUUGGGUUGAAGGAAACACCGAGAAAACCCAAUUUUGACUUGCCUAUUUAUAAUUUGAGUAGCAUGACUUAACGGUCUUAAUUAAUGCUUGUGUUGUGGACUGAAUUUAUUCCUCUGUUGAGUGUGCCAAAGAUACAAUUGUCAUGAAAACAGUUUUAACCAAUUUCUUUUAUAUCUCUAAUCUAAGGAUAAUAAAUAGGUGGCAUAUUAUAAUGGGUUUAAUAUUAACAAUAAUAAAUCAAUUCAAAUCUGGUUACCUUUAACUUUAACUUAACCCUUUGCCUACUGAUUAUAACACAGUAAUCAUUACGAUAAAUAUGAUGAAAAUACACGGCCGACAGAAUCAAGAUAGUCAUCCCCCACUCCAUGCUCUUACUUUUACUUGGUCGAACAAGUAGUCAAUCCCACACUUCUUUCACAAGUUUUCUCUCCUAUGGUUUGCCAUGAUUUAUUAUCUUUUCCAAUAUAUUCUUUGAUACAAUUGAAUUGUCUCCUUUGUCUCAUUCUGUUGUAUCUACACCAAGAGAGAAAGAGAGAGAGAGAAAUAAGAAAAAGAAAUAAUAAAAAAAUUACAUCCGGCAGAAGGAAUCAUGGUCUGUUGUUCUCCCUCCAAUUUCCCCCAUUUCUCUGUCUCUGCAUGCGAGAUGAAAGCAGAUGAAAGCAACGACUCACCUUAGUUAUCACAAUUCAAUUCGUAUGGAUUUAACAUUUAUAUUCAUUUACAAAGCAUUACAACCUUCAAUUUCCGAGUAAAACAAGAUUUGCCACACCUCUGAUUCAACAUACCUGCAUGCGAGAUGAAAGCAAUAACUUGUCUAACAUAGAACAUGAUGAUAAAACUACUUACUACUUCCCCCCAUUGAAUUAUGAACAUUUAAUCGAAUCAACAAUUUUGUUUGUUCAGUCCUCCAUGGACUAUUUCUGCUUCC